AGCUUCAGCCUGACCCAGAUGAUCAAGUAUUUUGCGCUGGCUAUUGGGGUCCUUGGGAUCGCCCACCGUAGGCAUUGCCUGCGCGGGGUGCGCCAUGGCGGUGCGAGCGGCGACCUGCCUGCUCAGAUGGGGUACGUGGAUUAGGUAUUUGGCCGCGGCCGCUGGGCAGCGAUGUCAUCGAUGCGACGGCUUGCGGAGGAGACGCCCCCCCCGCGCGAGCUGCGCGGCGCGGCGCCAGAGCUCUUCGCGCUGCGCGAUCGUGGAGCAGAGAACUUCUGUCUGCUGCUCGAGGAGGUCUUCAUCGGCGCUGCGCGCCAGCACCUCGCACCUCCGAGGCUCGCGCGGCCGCGCAGACGGGGCCCGAGAUGCGCCGCGGGCGGGCGGGGCGCCAGCCUGCUGCGAGCCCGCGAGGCGGAUCGCCGCGGCCAGCCGCCCCAUGCGGCCCGGCCACGGCUCAGAGGUUCGCGAUCACCUCAGGCGCCGCCCCAAGGCUGCGGUCGGGCGCGGGGCGCGGUGCCAGCGCCGCGUCGUGCUCGAGCUCUUCGGCGGCUCCGGGCACUGCCGCGGCCCAGCGCCUGGGGCUGUCUGCCCUCAGCAAACGUUCUCCGGUCGCCUCUGGGGGGCCACCUGCGUCUGGACUUCGAGGGAGCGGGCGCAAGCUGACUGCUCAGCCGCGCUGUCGCCGCAGUGCACUCAGGGCCCCCCUGCGCGACAUGGUCGAGAGCGCUCCGCCGCUGCGGCCCCGCGCCCAGCCCGCGGGCAUCGACUGUCUGUCACCUCCUGAGACCGCGCGUCCGCGCGCAGGCCGCGUCCUUGUUUGCGUCGCCCGUCGCAGCAAUCUCUUGUGCACGAAGAUGUACAAGUGAUGUUGGAGAAUCCUGGUAGCUCGCAAAUGUGGAAUGCCAAAGCCCUCGCAGCUUUGGUUCCUUCACCUAAUGCUCAGGUCUGCGAUCUCGAUCAAUGCCAGUGCGACGCCUUGUGGCAGAAACGUGCUAGGUCAGCCGCGCGGGGUCUCGGAUCCGUCCAAGGUCUCGCUAGGCUCUGUCCUGGGCGCAGGGGCUACUGUUCGCGCGCGGGCAACAAGAAUGUCAUAUUGUCUGGCGGAAGCCCGUUUGGCUGCAAGUAGAUCGUUCUCGCUGCCGCGCACCCGUGUGGCCUCGCGAAUAGCAUAGCUAUGUUCAUCAAGCAUGCUACGCUGUGUAGGCUCAAGCCUGCCAUGGCCACCAUCGCCUGUGAAUGAUCUUUCUCUCUGGUCAAUGCGUGUCGUGGCAUCGGAAUGCCUUGUAACUUUUUCGGCCCUCCUGAGGUGUCACUCUGGCCAAGGCUUCUUUAUGGGGUUUGGAACCUCAUCUGUUCUGGCCCUCGCCGCUCCGCACACUGUGAUUUCGCAUGUGCCUCGCGAGUCCCGCUCACGUCAAGCACGGCUGGCGCCUGGGUCGGUCCUCGCACAUGCAGUGAAAAGCAGCGGCGCUCUCAUCGGUCAUCGUCGCCGCAGCAGUUAACUCGUCAAUCCUGGCGCUCGUGAUGGCGGGGCGGGCUGUCCAGUUCUCAGAACGCGAAACUCAGCCCCGAAGGAGAGUGCCACACGUCCCCAUGCCAUCGUUUCGUCCAGUGGCAUUCGUGCUCACGUGCACCCGCCCGCACGCAGCCCACACUUGCGCAUGGUAGCCUCACCUUUCUCUGGAACCUCAGCUGUUCUGGCCCUCGCUGCUCCGCACAGUGCGAUUUGGCCUGUGCCUCCCGAGCCUGGCUCUCGUCAAGUACAGCUGGCGCUUGGUUCGGCCCCCACACGUGCAGUGAAAAGCAGCGGCGCUC